GCCGCGCCUCACGCAUUAUCUUCCUCGCACUUUUUCCUUUUUAUCGCCGCAAAAGGGCAUUUAUUGCCUUCAGUCCGACCGCGGCCGCCACCAAUAUACGACCCACCUCGUCGCGAUGGCCGCCGUCCUGUUGGCCCUUCUGACCCUGGCGGGCGGUGCAGUUUUGACCCUGGCGCGUCCUUCCGCCGACCUGAACGACCCUGCCGAGGACUUCCCGGCGCUGCCGCCCGUUCUGCACCCUGGCUACUUUUCGCCCGACUACAAGGCCAACCUCAUCGCCGGGAUCGUGUCGACGUGGAAUCCGAACGACGCGACCAACGUGUGGGAGUUGUCGGGCCUGAAGGAGGGCGACAUCAUGGAGGACGCGCCGAGGUCGCGCAACGUGGUCAGCGACCCGGAAACCCUUUGGAAAGACGCCACCAUCCCCUACAUCCUCGAGCCCAUGUUCAACGACGCGGAGAGGAAGACGAUCCGCGAGGGGAUGGACAUGAUCGAGCAGGGGUCGUGCUUCAAGUUCCGGCCGUUCCAGAUCGGCGACCUGGACUUUGUGUACGUGCAGGGCGGGCCGACCGGGUGCUGGUCGUACGUGGGGCGGCAGGGCGGCGGCCAGGUCGUCAACCUGCAGAGGAGCGGCUGCGUCCACAAGGGCGUCGUCGCCCACGAGCUGCUCCACGCCUCCGGCUUCUUCCACCAGCAGAGCGCCGCCGACCGCGACGACUUCAUCUUCAUCAACUUCACCAACAUCCAACCAGGUCGCGAGAGCAACUUUGACAAGUACAACGAGUCGAUCGUGUCCGACUUUGGCGUCGGCUACGACUACAACAGCGUCAUGCACUACAGCCGCAAGGCCUUCUCCAAGAACGGCGAGGACACGCUGGUGCCGCUUCAAGACGGCGCCGAGAUCGGCAACCGACACUUUGUCACCGACAAGGACAUGGCCAAGCUCAAGGCCAAGUACGGCUGCGGCGAGCAGGGCGGCCAAGGGGCCACCGAGGCCCCCAACUCGUACGGCAACAUGAUGCUCAAGGCCGGCAACCAACUUCUCGCCCUCCUCGUCCCGCCCGCAUAAAUUUCUUGUAUUUUAAUCAAAUCGGUGUCACGUUAAUUGUUCUUCGGUAGAUUUAGAAUUUUUGUAAAAUAUAUCCAAGCAAUGUCACAUUUCAUAGUUUUAAUAUUUGUCCAUCUUUUAGGAUAUUUACUUAUAACUCGAUAAAAGUUUAACAAUGGAAAGUAUGCAGAUUUUAUAAUAAACUGGAGUUUGAAA